UCUCCUUCCAAGUCGUUCUGUUUUCAACACAAGCAACGAUUCCCUCUUUUCUUCUACUCGCCGGAAUUUCCCCUCUCUCCCCUCCGCUGACCGGAGAACGGACGCUCUCUGAUCUUCGUUUCCGCCAUGGCUACGUUGGAUUCCGAUGUGUCAAUGGUUCCCGCUGGUGAGGCUUCGAGUAGUGCUGGCCCUUUAUCUUCCAAGAAGUCUAAGCGAUUCGAAAUCAAGAAGUGGAAUGCUGUCGCGCUCUGGGCUUGGGAUAUCGUGGUCGAUAAUUGUGCAAUCUGUAGGAAUCACAUAAUGGAUCUCUGCAUUGAAUGUCAGGCAAAUCAGGCGAGCGCCACUAGUGAGGAAUGUACUGUCGCCUGGGGGGUAUGCAACCAUGCUUUUCACUUCCACUGCAUUAGUCGUUGGUUGAAGACCCGCCAAGUCUGUCCAUUGGAUAACAGUGAAUGGGAGUUCCAGAAGUAUGGACAUUAGGACCUUCAUACCGUCGCAAUUUCGAAGGUCAAGCAAUGCUACAGAAAAUGUUUAUUGGUCGGAAGUUCGAACCUCUUAUGUCCAUUCCCAAAAUCCUUUUGAGGUUUGUUGUAUGCAUUUUUAUAAAUUUUACAUCAGAAGUAGAUGAAGAUCAAUACUUUAAUUCCUUCACCAUGUGAAUCUUAGACUCAUCACUUCAAGUUCAUGUAUUGAGCUUUCCUCUCCGUAUGUUUUGGGUUUGAAUCAGAAAGCCAAUUCUCUUCUUUAUUAUUGUAAUGAUUGUUGCUUAAUAUGAUGAUGAAAGUUCAUCGUGUCUUUCAUUUUC